CGCAUUCUCUGGCGAGUGAAGAUUCCUGCGUUUUCACUCGCUGGUCUUUUCUUACUUCUCGACCUCCUUUGUCUUCAGCUCUCAGUAAAUGUAAAGUAAUGUCGGAAAGAUACGAAUAUGUUUCGUUCUCAGAAGGAGGCAUCACAAAUCUUUAACUUGGCUCGGCGAGAGUCCUCGGAUGUUCGAGGACGUUUUCUUGUGCGUUAGAAAAUAAACGUUUUAAGUUGAUUGACAUUUUUUACUGUUCGAAUAUAUGUGACUCUGGACAUUACAAAAACUGAACAGAAUGGCUGAUUCUUGGCUACAGCUCCUUGUCUUGAUGUUAACAGGUCUGUCAACGUGUGUGGCACAAGUGUGCGGCAGGCCUCCGCUAGGGAAACGUAUCGUGGGAGGAGCUGAAGCAUCAGCAGGGUCAUGGCCAUGGCAAGUGGACAUUCAGUUGGGAGCCAAAGGCCAUAUUUGUGGUGGAUCCCUAAUUGCAAAAAACUGGGUCCUUUCUGCUGCACACUGCUUUCCUAACCCCUCAGAAGUGUCUUCGUAUCGCCUGUACAUGGGACGCCAUCUGCUCAAUGGCUAUAACCAGUUUGAGAUGGUCAGUCAGGUGCAACGAGUGGUCAUUCCAGAAGGAUACUCAACCCCUCAGGAGGGCAGAGAUGUAGCCUUAGUGCAGCUGCGCUCUCCAGUCACCUGGUCAGACAGGAUCCAGCCUGUGUGUCUGCCAUAUGCUGGAUUCCAGUUCAACAGUGGGACCUUAUGCUACGUCACGGGCUGGGGACACUCUCAGGAGGGUGUUUCCCUCACUGGAGUCGGGGCGCUACGGGAAGUGCAGGUGCCCAUUAUCAACCAGUCCUCCUGCCAGUCAAUGUAUCAGAUUUUGUCAUCUGAUUUAGUAACAGUCAACAUCCUAUUAGACAUGAUCUGUGCUGGAUACAUGGAGGGAGGCAAGGAUUCCUGUCAAGGGGACUCUGGAGGCCCUCUGGUUUGUCCUGGUGGCAAUGGGACUUGGAUUCAAGCGGGAGUUGUAAGUUUUGGACUUGGGUGUGCACAGAAGAACCGACCAGGUAUCUAUUCCAGAGUCUCAAGCUUCGCGAGCCUCAUCCGCACCACAGUUCCAGAAGCUCACUUUUUCGGUCACGCUCAGAGGAGUGAAAGUCAAACGCUUCUGGUUCUAGGCCUGUCUUUUGCAUUAGUGCUUUUGUGGAGAUAGUAGGCUAUAUUAGUGAAGUAUAUACAAUGUACAUGUGAAACACAAUGUCAAGUUUUGAAACCCCAUAAGUUUUGUUUGUGUGGCAUUGAUUUGCCAUGUUUUGAAUGCUUUUGUGGGGCACAAAAUGUACCCAGUGCAAAGCUUCAGAGGCAUUGCAAAUUGUUUUUUUAAUAAUAAUGUAAUAUGUGACAUGUUUAUGAUGGAGAGAUCUGGCCAUCUGAUCCUUCCUAAGCACAGAUCUAGUUGUUAUAUACUGUUGUUACUGUGAAUUAGAUUACUUUUAUGCAGUUUCAGUAAUGUCACCAAGACCUCAGAACACUGUAAAAUGCCAAUAUCCUAUUUAACAGGAUAAAUACAAUAUCUUUUUGUAUUUAUUGUAUUGAUUAUUUGUAAUGAAAAAUCAAAUUGAUUUGAUUGCAUAAGGCAUAAUAUUGCACAUUACAGCUUUGUGUGUUCCACUGCUUUCACUCAUGCAUUCAGUAACAGUAUUUUAACUUCUUAAAUAAUUUUAGGAUUUAUAUUAAAUUAGAAUGCCAUCUGUGUUUUCCCUUUUGCUGUGUUUUUAUUUAUUUAUGUUGAUUAUUUUUUAGGAUGCACAGUUAUGCACAGUCAUUGCAAAGCGCUUUGAGUUUUUUUUUUUUUUUUUUAAUGCAUCAUAUACAUUAGAUUUAACCCUCUAUGUUACAGAGUUGCCAUAUGGCAACAAUUAAUUUCUACUUAUUUCCUUGUUAUUCUGAAACAACAACAACAACAACAACAACAACAAAAAACAGUAUAUUGCAAUAUGGUAAUUAAAAGGGCCGGGCCUUAAGGUAGUCAAUGAUGUGCUGUUUUUAAGUCAAAUGACAUUUGAAUGUUCCUCCAAAACACAUUUUCCCACUGUCACCCUCAAAUGGAGGACAUCUGUUUAAGUGCUCCAGAAAUCGCUCU